GGGGCUACAGUCAGUUCACCAAAUAAGUCCCAACGGAUCCAGGCAUCAUCGUAAAACUAAAACCGCACGAAAGCUCAAAAUGUUGUGGGGACUCAGUUCCGCGUUGGAUUUGUACGAGGAGUACCUGAAGGCCUUCAAGAUCAAGGACGAGCCGCUGCCGGAGGAUGCGCAUGCACGCGAGGAAGCGGAAGAAGCCGCCGGCGAUAAUCCUUUGCACACGCUGAACAUACUUAUCUGCGGCGGAGCUGAUCCGCGCCAUGUGAUCAAGACGCUGGCCAAGAGAUACACCCAUCGCAUCCGACCCAAGCUCAAUAUAUAUGUACUGGAUGGUUGCGCCGAAAUUGAAGCCAGGCACAUGCUGCUGCUGGGCGUAGCCCUGGAGGAUCCCGAGUCCUUUAGCUUGGUGAGCAAGGUGCACUUGUUCAUGGAUCUCUACGGGAAUGCGGUGAUCCGCCCCAGCUCGCACCAUUACAUGGCAGCCAAGGGGCGCACUCUGCUCAAAAUGGUCACCAAUGAGGAGGAACUGCAGCGCCUGGCGCCCAUGCUCAAUAUAGAAGGACUGAAGUACAAGGAGCGCGAUGGCUUAGAGAUGGCCUUCAGUUUCUGGCAGCCGCAUCCGUGGAACAUCUUUGAGGUGACCGCCUACUGGGAGCAGCGGUCGAGGGCCCUGCUCGGCACCCGUUAUGACCAUCGCAAUGGUGCCUUCGAUUGGGACUUGAGCAUGACCCUAAAGGAUCGUGGUGGGCAGCAGAUCUGUUCGCAGGAGUACCGCUACUGGCGCGAGUCCGGCGUGGCUUUCGUUUUUCCGGAAUAUGAGCAGUGCAAGGCGAACAAGACGCUGGCAGCUGGAUUGGUGCGAAAUGGACGCAGCUUUAUCCACCGCGGCUAUGUGGGCGACAUCCAAACGGGACCAUUUUGUGGCUUCGGACUGCGCACCGUCGAGGAGCGAAUGCAUCAUUCUGUGCACGGAGACAAUGAUUAUCGUGCCACUGACAUCACCGAACGCAAUCUCAUGGAAUUCUUCCAUGAAUUGCAGACCCAGACUGCCUACGAGCAUGAUGCCACUCGUUCCCGUAGGUAUGGCUCCGUUCAGCUGCUGAUGACGCCAUUGUUGAACCACCAGGAAGAGGACGCAGCUGGGCAAGCGGCCUACGACAAGCCGUGGAUCCAGGUGCCCGGAGUAACAGUGCACUAUGUGUCGCCCAUGGAGAUGGUGCAGCUGCAGCAAGGCGCAGCUCGGUGGAACAAUAUGUUUGAUGUCGUCUUUACGGCCCAUAACUACUACUCCUUCUUGAGCAAGGACUUCUUCCAGGCGAUGCGUGCACAGGCCCUGUUCGUACUGGAAACCAAACUGAUGACGGUGGAGCGCAGGGAUCGUGUGCAGGAGUACGAAGUCAAAGCCAAAGAACUGAUGAAGCAGGCUGGCCUCAAGGCGGCCAUCAACUACCAGGCUAUUAACUCGAAGAACAUGUGGCUGAAAUACAAAAAGACCGAUAAAGAUGAGCCAGAAGAUGAAGCGGAAGCUGAGCCGGAAAGUAUUUUGCAACCUGAAACAGACCCAGAUUUUGGAGAACCUGCUGAAGAGUACUCUGGUCUAGUAAUAGAAGAGAUUCCCUCAUCGAACCAGACUGUGGCAGCCAUUAAGAAGGAAGUAGAGGCAGAAGGUCCGCUCCAACCAAAAAUGAACUUUCCAUGAAUAUUAAAAAAACCGAAUAAAUGAAAUAUGCAUCUUAA